AUGCCACAUAUCUUAGUAUUUAAUGUCGGAAGUUCCUCUCUCACGUAUAAAUUGUUUGAAAAUACAAAAGAAAUUAUUAAAGGGAAAGCCAACAGAGUGAAUGUUACUGGUGCUGAACUCCCUUUCAUCGAGCACCACAUCAACGGAAAAACAAUUACAAUAGAGACCGGCCCUCUUAACCAUCAAGAAGCUGCUCGACUCAUCAUUAAAUUUUUGAAAGAGAACAAAUUUACUAUUGAUAUUGUUGGUCACAGAUUUGUACACGGCGGGUCUUAUUUCAAGACUUCUGCUGUGAUUGAAGGUCCCGUGUUAAAGGAGUUAAAAAGUUGCAUACCAUUAGCACCAAUACACAACCCUGCAAGCUACUCUGUAAUUGAAGUUGCUCUGACCGAACUACCCAACACAAAGCAGUACGUUGCGAUUGACACUGCCUUCCACUCAACAAUCAAUAAGACACAGAGAACUUACGCAAUUCCAGAACCAUUUCAAAGUCAAUAUCUCAAAUUUGGGUUUCAUGGCUUGUCGUACGAAUUUGUGUUGACUUCACUGAAAGAGAGAAUGGACGUUGACAAACUCAAAAUUGUAGCGUGCCACCUUGGGACUGGUGGAUCGAGCUGUUGUGCUAUUUUAAAUGGAAAGUCGUAUGAUACAUCAAUGGGCAAUUCAACACUUGCUGGAUUGGUCAUGUCAACUCGUUGCGGAGACAUAGAUCCGUCGAUACCAAUUAACAUUGUCGAACAAAUUGGGAUUCAAAAAACGGUCGAUUUACUAAACAAAAGAAGUGGGCUUUUUGGUGUUUCCGAGACUUCAUGUGAUAUCAGAGACUUACUGAAAGAAAUCAAAGAAAAUGGACAAAAGGCGGAAAAGUGCGCCUUGGCUUUCGACUUGUAUAUCAAUCAGCUUACAAAGACUAUAGGAGGGUUGAUGGUUGAAAUUGGGGGGCUUGACAUGUUAGUAUUUACUGACCAAGUUGGGCUCGAAGUGCCAGAGGUGAGAAAAGCUGUUUGUAAUAAGUUGGAGUUUCUUGGGGUGGAACUUGACUCGGAGAAAAAUGAGAAGUCAAGAGGAAAGGAAAUAGAGUUUAUAUCGACGGAGAAAAGCCGAAUGAAAAUAUGUGUUGUUCCGAACGAUGAGGAACUUGUCAUAUUGAAAAAGGGGAGUGAGCUUUUUCAGUUUUGCAAUUGA